AUGUCACCUCCAUACUUGUCCCCAUCCGUGUCACCCCUUUGUCCCCGUUACCCCUCCAUCCUUGCCUACUCCAUCCAUCCAUGUCACCUUGAUCCUUACUCCCUGUCACCUCCAUCCAUGUCACCUCCAUCCAUGUCACCUCCAUCCAUGUCAUCUCCAUCCUUAACCCCUGUCACCUCCAUCCAUGAGGAGCCGCUCCCGCCCGCGCCAAUCCGUUGA